GUUCCAUGUCUGAAAAUGAACAAUGGAGAUAUAAAUGCAUGGAUUUCAAAAAAAAACCCCCAUUUGCUAAGAGAUUUUUUGUUGAAAAGCGUGUAUUUUUAGGAAUGAAUGCGAAUCAUAAUCAAAGGGUCAUCGAAGUUAUUGAUCUC